CUCCACACGCGACGAUGACCGGACCCCGGCGAUGCCCAUGAGAGCGAGGUGAUGCGAAACCACGCACCCACGCGGGUCGCCGUCUCGCCCCGCUCUUCUCCCUAAAGCCACGACCCCUCCUCCACGUGGGCCCACGCUUCUCCUUCGUGGGGCCACCGUCUACGCGCCCUUCCGAUCCCGAUCCAACGGCCCUGAAAUCCGACUCUUUUUCCCGACCAUAAUCCAACGAUCGAUCCCCCAAUUAGGUUUUCUUUUCUUCAGGUUUUUCUUCUCUUUCUAUCUCGCUUUCUCUCUCUCUGCGCGUUCAAAUCCGACCGAGGCCGGGGAGUAGGCCGGAGAGAGCGCACGGUCGAGACGGGUCCCUCCGCCGCCAGAACAAGCCCUCGAAAUCCCCCGGCCCCACGGGAGACCCGAGUCCUAGCCGCUCAGGGAAAUCCCUAGCUCCUCCAGAAUUUCAUCGAGAAGCCGCCGGGUCCGCGGUUUCUUGAAUCUUCUGCGGGCAGGGAAAGGAGUGGGAAUUCGGUUUUCCUUGCCACCGAUCUGAUACAUUUCAGCCAUUUCUAGGGAACAGUAUGUUAAAAGAAUGAAAUGUCUCAACCCUGGGUAGAUGAUGCAAAGUUUUUCUCACAAUCCACUUUAUUAUCCAGUUUCCAUCCUGUAGUUUCUCAAUCUUCAUCAUAUUCCAGCUUAAGACACAGUCAUAGAAAUGUUUGUCAGUUGUUAGCAUGGAGGGAGAUCUCUCCUCGAGCAAAACACUACCCAAAAAAGUUGUGGGGCGAAACUUUGAAGCAGAGAGCUGAUUGCAUUGGGCUAAGAUGUGAAACAAUUGAUGCACAACAUGCUCUUAUUUCUUGGGUAGAAGCAGAGUCAUUGCGUCACUUGUCAGCCAAGUAUUGUCCUCUUUUGCCGCCACCUAGGUCCACGAUUGCAGCAGCAUUUAGUUCCAAUGGAAAAACACUUGCUUCCACACAUGGUGACCACACUGUCAAGAUAAUUGACUGCCAAACUGGAAACUGUUUGAAGGUGUUGAGUGGCCAUCGACGAACACCUUGGGUGGUUAGAUUCCAUCCACUGCAUUCAGACAUACUUGCAAGUGGUAGCUUGGAUCACGAAGUUCGUCUCUGGGAUGCUCGUACCGCAGAUUGUAUUGGGUCACGUGAUUUCUAUCGUCCAAUUGCCUCUAUUGCUUUUCAUGCCCAAGGAGAACUACUUGCUGUAGCAUCAGGUCACAAGCUGUACAUUUGGAACUACAACAAGAGAGGAGAAGCUUCUUCCCCAAUGAUUGUGCUGAGGACUCGGCGUUCUUUGAGGGCGGUGCAUUUUCAUCCCCAUGCUGCUCCAUUUCUAUUGACAGCUGAGGUUAAUGAUCUCGAUUCGCCAGACUCACCACUAACGCUAGCAACUACUUCUGGCUAUUUGCACUAUCCUCCUCCAGCUGUCUUUUUAGCAAACCUUAAUUCAACUUUGCGUUCACAUCUGGAGGCUAAGGUGCCUCUGAUACCUUAUUCCUAUUUGUUCUGGCCAACAUUUGUAAAGGAAGAUGGAAGAGUGCCACCUUUCCGACAGGGUAGUAGAGCUAAUAGCUCAGUCAGUGGGCAGCAAAGACCCAGAAAUGCAGAUAUUGGAAACCAAGACGAGAAUUUUGUGACUGCAAUGGAUAUAUCUCCUGGAGAACCUUCUAGCUCAAAUAUUAUGACAGAAGAUGCAUUUGCUAAUUCUAUGCUGACAGGAAUGGAAACAGUGACAUGUGAUUCUGUUAUGGGAAGUGCAGAAAACACUGAAGGGCAGCCUACCAUGGGAUUUCAGCAAAGAAGUUCUCCUGGCAUGGUUCAGAGGUUGGAUUCUUUCAACAAUGGGCCAUCAACAACUACUUUCCAUUGCAAUGGGGUGGCUAUAAGAAUACCGGUUAGGCAAUCUAGGCCAGGCGGAGAGGAUGCUUCUCCCGCCUUCAAUUCGUCAAACUCUUCAGGCAGUACCGAUCUUCAAUUGCUAUUAAGAAGUGUAGAGGGUGGACAACUUCAUCAGUUUAUUCCUUUUAGCGAUCCAGCAUGCUGGGAGUUGCCUUUUUUGCAGGGCUGGUUAAUGGGUCAAACUCAUGCAGGCCUUCAUACAGCUAUGCCUGUCAACAGUCCACUCCAAGGAAGUUCAUCUAUAGUUCGUGGAACAGGAGCUGACUUCUUGACACCUGAAUUACUAUAUACUCGUAAUGUGGAAGCUCUAGUGGCUUCUUCUUCGAUGGUAAACACUGGUAGCCAUGCUAGGGUAACUGGAAGAUCCAGUUCACAGCAUAGGUUACGCUCCCGUUUGGUGGCUUCUAUAGCUGCUGGAGAAGGUUCAUCAUUUCUUAAUGCCCAAAAUGAUGAAGCUGAGCCUCAUCCCGGUCCCCAUGGUAUUGAAUCUGAAAUUCCCACAUCAUUGCCUGCUACAGCAGCAGCUGAACUACCUUGUACCGUGAAGCUACGAAUAUGGCGGCAUGAUAUACAAGAUCCAUUUGCCCCUUUAGAUCCAGAGACAUGCCGUUUAACUAUACCACAUGCUGUCCUUUGCAGUGAAAUGGGUGCCCAUUUUUCUCCUUGUGGCCGAUUUUUGGUUGCUUGUGUCGCAUGUUUGCUGCCCCACAUGGAAGGUGAUCCUGGAGUUCAAUUACAGAUGCAGCAUGAUGGUACAGGGGCUGCAACAUCCCCAACGCGCCAUCCAAUUUCAGCUCACCAAGUUAUGUAUGAGCUUCGUAUCUAUUCUCUUGAAGAGGCAACCUUCGGCAUGGUGCUAGCUUCGAGAGCAAUCAGAGCUGCUCACUGCUUGACUUCUAUUCAGUUCUCUCCUACGUCAGAGCACAUACUAUUAGCAUAUGGUCGUCGCCAUAGUUCACUUCUUAGGAGCAUUGUUGUUGAUGGGGAGACUGCAAUACCUAUAUACACAAUAUUGGAGAUUUAUAGAGUUUCAGAUAUGGAGCUUGUCAGAGUUCUUCCUAGUGCAGAAGAUGAGGUCAAUGUUGCAUGCUUUCAUCCUUCAGUCGGAGGAGGUCUUGUUUAUGGAACCAAGGAAGGCAAGCUUAGGAUUCUUCAGUAUGAUGGCCCACAUGACACAAGUUGUGCAGGACCAAAUUUCUUUCUUGAGGAAAAUAUGCUUGAGAGUGUCCACUUGCAAAUUGAAUGACAUUAAUAAGGUUCGUCGAACCAUCCUGCUUGGGGCAUGCCAAAGCAUAUACUGACAGUCAACCAAGACGGUUCCAGCAUUCAAAACAAAACACUUGCGAGGACAGGGGUGAGCGAGAAGUAAAGGAAAAGAGAGAGGGAGAGAGAGGGAAGGGGGUGGGAAGGAGAUGGAAAGGUUGGGGAGGCCUGCCGAGGCUGUUGAGGCCUCCGAAGCUCUACCCUCCUCCGAAGAGAGGGAGAGGGCAGAGAGACUGACAGUGGCAAUCGGAGAGCCGUAGAGGCCUGUGGAUGGGUGGAUUUUCCUCCCUGGCCUCCGCUGAAUCUAACCUCUCUUUCCCUCUCUCCGGUUCUCCCUCUCCCCCACUCUCUCUACUAUAUUGGUUCGGGCCUGGCACAAGAUGGCACGGGGAUGUACUGAACCAUACUAGCGGCCAAUUGGAUGAUGACCUUUGUACAGAAGUACGCCCAAGACAUACAGUGUAGUAGUAAUCUUGACUCUUAGUCAACUAACUCAAGGCUGUUCAUGCACUGGGAAUUUGUUCAAGUGGAUUUGGAAUUUGGAACGUGCUCGGAAGCAGCUUAUCAAUAUAGGGUUCCUGGUGUAUCUUUAAAGUUUUAGUCUCAAACUUGUAACCAAAUGCAAAAAUUGCAUUUUGAACUCAAGUUAGAUACCUGUUCGUGUUGAGCAGUCACGUUGUGGUUCAUUGCUUAUUGCAUGUACAUUGUAUAUUUUAUCAUAUAGUGAUUUAUUCUCUGCUUGAGUACUUGAGAGA